AGGAAAUAAGUCGGGCGUUCUAAUGGCGCACUCCGCUUAAAUUUCCAGUUUCCCCUCUUUCCGCUCUCCAAACAACAACAAUAACAAUGUUCGGAGCUCAAGCUUCCUCCUCCGCCUUCGGCACCCCCUCUUCAACCCCAGCCUUCGGCACUCCCUCUACGACCCUUGCUUUUGGUACUCCGUCUUCGACUCCGGCAUUUGGAACUCCCUCUUCGGCACCGUCUUUCGCCACUGGAUUCGGUUCUUCUCUCUUCGCCACCCCGUUCUCUUCUCAGCCCCAGCAACAACAACAGCAACAACAGCAACUCACUCCAUUGUUUCAGCAACCGGCUUCUACGGGUUUCGGGUUCCAAACGCCAGCGUUCUCUACGCCGCAGCCCUCUCCUUUCCCCAAUGCGCAACUGACUACUCAGAUGGCUCCCGUGACCCCUCUCCCUUUCUCUCUCGCCGAUCGAGAUAUUCAAGCAAUUGUCGAUGCUUAUAAGAGCGAGCCUGGAAACCCUAAAUAUGCUUUUAAGCAUUUGUUGUUCAGCGUGACAGAUCCGCAGUUUAAGGUGAAGCCUGCUGGUGUAUCAGAUAUUAUGUGGGCAGAGGCUAUGGGGAAACUGGAGGGUAUGGAAAGUGCUGACCGGGAACGCCUGUGGCCUCAGCUUGUUCAGGGUUUUAAGGAUCUUUCACAGCGUCUUAAGCUCCAAGAUGAAGUCAUUGUUUCGGAUGCUGAGAGAUUGCGAAUUACUCAAAGCAAUGUGAAGAUGCUUCAAAGACAUUUUCAAGCUGACACUCUUCCUCGGAUCGAAAGAAUGAGACAGAAAGAGCAAGCUCUUCAAAGGCGUCUUUUAAGGGUAAUGAGAAUAGUGGAGGCAUUGGAGGGUAAGGGUUUCAGAUUACCGUUAACGAAAGGGGAAGCUGAAUUGGCCGAGAAGUUAGCUGCAAUAACUAGACAGUUGAAAGGAUCUGGAGCAGAACUUUCUAAGAGGGUACAAAACCUGCUCACUUUGUCUCGUGUUCAAGCAAAUGGCAUUGGGGCUGGCAGUUCUAUUUAUCUUCCAGGAUCAACCAAAAUAGAUGAACAGAGUCUUGCUGAUAUGCAGGAGGUCUUACAACAGCAGACGGAGGCCAUUGCUAGGCUUGGCAAUGUUUUGAAGCGAGAUAUCAGGGACAUGGAGAUCAUAAUGGCCGAGGACACACAACGGACAGAAUUUAUGAGCUAAAUAAGCUUAAGAUGCCCAAGGCACUGGUGAAUUUAUUUACAAUGAUGUUUACAAUCUGUUGGCGAGUUUUUGCAUGAGGUAACUUGAAAAGUCAGUAACGGCUGAUGUAAGUCUCAACCCCCCAACCUUUUCAUUUGGGACUCUUUAUUGAUUGGAAAGCAUUUGAAACUGUUGUCUUAAAUUUAAAUGCUAAGUUUAAAUGUGUAACUAUUGAAGGAAUAUAUAGAUAUGCUAAUAUAUUUAGUUAGUUGUGAUA